AUGUUGCAGACCUCUAUGCGGGUCACCCUCCAAGAGUUCGACAAUGAAGUUGCCCCUGAGCUCGAUAUCGGUCCCUACUGUGUCCGAUCGUUCAUGGAUGAUAUAGCUCAGGGUGCAGAGACCCGCUGCGAUAGGGAUAUGUUGGCAGAUGGGGUUCAUCGAGUGGUUGUCAGAAACGGCUUCUCCGAGCAGGAAUCGAAGCGCCUGCAGAACAGAGUUAAUGGUACCGACUCCUCAGGGGACAAAGCUGGCACCCUCUUUGGUGUUCAGUUGCUGAUGCGGGCGGCUGUGCGUGCUGGCAAGACCAUGGACGAUCCUCUUGCUCCUGAUCUCGUACGUCGAGCUUAUUUGCUACAAGAUGCUUACGCCAGAACGGUAGGGACCCCGCGAUAUGUGCAGGGGGACACGCUGGUGGUUGCCUGUGAUGCAUCUCUUGUAGGCUGGGCUUGCACAGUUACGGACAUCGAUGGCACGCGACUGUACCCACGGGGCGGUCUCCAUGAUGUUGGACAUGAGAGCUGGUCCAUACCGAGGUUAGAGCUCUACGCGCUGGUGGAGGCCCGCAAGACUAUCGAUAGCGUGCUCUCGGAGGACCCCAAGGUCGAGAAGAUUAUCCUGCUGAGUGAUAGCUCCAUUAAUGUGCAGCGUCUCACCUCUAAAGGCAGUAUCUCCAGUAAACUGGUUCCGUGGGAUGUGCGCACCAUUGCUGUCCUGCGUUCGUGGUUGAAAGACGUUCCGGUGGUCCUCGGUCAUGUUAAGGGUACUGGGAACCCCUCAGACUGUGCAUCGCGUGCUCUGUAUCCUAAUUCAUAUGAUGAGGAAGCCUAUCAGUCCACGGUCGCCAGUCUCCGGGAGAAUUUCGAGUCUAUACGACAACGGCUCGCAUCAUCUGACUCUGUGCCGUCGGAUGUCCGGUUCGACGUGGAUUUGCUGGCUGGUUCUUCAUGGGGUGAUGAGAGAGGUGAUGAUCAUCAUCAGAUGAUGACGUGA